UUUUAAUUUUUUAUUUUUUAUUUUUCUCUUUUUAAUUUUUCUCCUUUUUAAUGUUUUCCUUUCUAAUUUUUUCCUUUCUGAUUUCUCCUUUCUCGAUUUUGUCAGGCACCCCCCUUUAAAACCGGGGUGCCUUCGGCCGUGCCACAACAAAGAUGGCGGCCCAACAGGAAAUGGUUUCAGCCACAAACAAGAUGGCAGCCGGAAGUAUGGGCAGCCACCUAAUGCCCCGCUCAAGAUGGCGGCUCGUCGAGCCGCCUUCGACCUUCCAAAGACGGCGGCCAAAAAAGGCGGGAAAACACAAGGACCACCCAUGGGCGUCGACCCAACUGCCUGCGCCCGACCCCGAAAACGGCGCCGCUCAGGAACAAUUUUCAGCGUCGCUUCCCGGCGCGAGGGAGCUGUGUGCCCGCUGUGCCGCGCCGCGGUGCGGUUGCGGCAGCCAUUUUGGUGAGGCGCCUGAGUAACCAGCUACCCGGGGCCUUCGGGGGUGCCACAAAAAAGAUGGCGGCUCUACCGGAUGUGUCUUCACCACAACCAAGAUGGCGGCUACAACGGGCGGAAGGAACGUGACACCACUCUCAAGAUGGCGGCUCAGCGAGCUGCUUUCGACCUUCCAAAGAUGGCGGCCAAAAAGGCGGGAAAACACAAGGACCACCCAUGGGCGUCGACCCAACUGCCUGCACCCGACCCCGAAAAUAGCGCCGCCCGGGAACAACUUUUUAUCCUUUUACAGGAUCAGCAGCAGUACCUUGAAGUCGAGGUGUAUUUCACAGGUAGCAAGAAAACAAAGUAGACUUUUGAUUUUGUAGCUCUCAUUGUUUACUAACAAAGAAAUCGAAAACAAAACAAAUAAUAUUAUUAAAAAACCCACCCUAAAUAACAGAGAAAGAGAAAAUAGACCAAUAUUAUUUUAAUUUCAAACCACUUUCCCCCUUAGAAAACCAGGCUAAUGUAAUUCUGCUUAAUUGUGGUGCUGACGUGUUAGGUUAAUGAAUUAGCAGAGUUUUAAACAUACAGAAAUAGACACGAAUUUUGAAAAAUAAGUACAGAAAUAUAAAAAUAUGAAUAGAUAUAAUAACAGCAGAAAUAUAAAUAUGAAAAAUGAUAUCAUGAAUAGACAUAAAUACAAUCUAUAAUAUUACUCAUUACUUAUAUUAUUACAGUAGUCUAUAUAUUAUAUCCAUAGAUAUGACUAGAAAAAAGACAGGGUAAUGAUCAAUAUAAAACUAAUGAAUGUAAAGAAAUCAUGGAAUAGAGCUUAGAACAGAGGGGGUUUUUUUGGUUUGAAUUGGCUUGGUGGCAGGGGUUGUCUUUGAAGCGGUGGCCGGGUGUCUUUCGGGGCGUUUCUCUUAGGGGAUUUCUGUGCACGUUCUCUUUGGGGGGUCCCUUUCUGCGUGUCCCCGACGGGCGGGGAGCCCCGGGCCGGGCCGCGGUGCUGCCGCCCUGUGGACACAGCGCGGUACUGCAGCUCUGCCCCGUGCCCGGCCCCAAGGGGCCCCGGGCUGGAAGCUGGUUCUUAGUGCCCGAGUGCGGUCACUGCCCGGGAGCUCCUGUUCGAUUCCGCGCUCCCGGCCGUGUCCGUGCGAUGGCCGGGCCGCCCGCGGGACUCGGCAGCAGGAAAACACCGAGCGCUGCGUGUUUAAAGGGAGCCGGCCCCGCUUGCCCGUGCGGCGCCUCGGCCCGGCCCGCGCCGCCCUCAUGGAGCCGAGCGGAGCUGCGGGAGCGCGGGGAGCGGCACCGAGUGCGGUUCGACCGUGCCGAGCUGUCCCGAAGAGCGGAAUCUAAGCGACUGCAUAGCCGAGCUGUGCCGGUUAGAUCCGAGUGUGGCCGAAGAGCCGAAAACACCCGAGGAUUUCCGAACAGCCGAAAAGAGCCGAGCAUUGCCGAGAUCGGCCGAGUUAAGCUGAAGGGCCGAAAAUGGCCGAGUGCAACCGAUAACAGCCGAACCCAACCGCGUUUAGCCGACUGGAACGGAGUCGAACCGAACAAGCUCCGCCGAACCUCGCCGAGUUCGCCCGGUUUGGACCCUAUAGCCGCGGCCGAACCAAGGCUCUGCUGCAGGUGUAUUCGAGACAUCUUUCCUCUUUGUUUGACAGAAGGAAGAGGGAAAAAAAAAAAAAAAAAAAAAAAAAAAAGAGGAAGAAAAAACGGGAGCAGUUCCGGGGCGGUCCCGGGGCGGUCCCGGGGCGGUGUGCGCCGUCACUGCCGCCUUCUCGGCGGGCGAUUCCAAGGCGCUGUCGGGCUCUCUGCCGGCCGGUCGGCGGGCGGGCGGCCGGGACGCGAUGGCGCUGUGCCCGGAGCUGGAGCGCUCGCUGUCGCUGCUGCAGCCGGGCGCCGACCGGGCCCAGCAGCAGCAGGAGCGGCGGGCGGACGCGGCCCCCACGCCCAUGGUGUUCAUGUGCGCCGGCUGCGGGCGCCCCGUGGGCGACACCCGCACCUGGGGUUCAGUGUCGAGGACAGCGGUCCCAUCCUGCUGCGCAGUGAGUACCAGCGCUGCCACCCCCGUGCCGCCGCGGUCGCUGCCGCCGUGCCUCCUGCCCUGCCUCCCGCCGCAGCUGCGGCCGCCAGCGUCGCCGCGGACCCGGGGCGGAAGGGCUCCGAGCUCCCCGGAGAGUGCGGAUGCAUGGUAGAAACCCUACUCUGCUCUGGCUGCUCCAGGACCCUUGGCAGCAGAUACAUGCACGCCUCAAGGCAUCUCGACUGCAAGAGGGAUUUGUUCUGUGUCCGUACUGACUCUGUUGAAAGCUCUAGGCCAGGAACCCUGGAAAAGCAAUCUCUCAUUCACGAGGAGCCGCUUACUCUUGAAAGCCCAGCUGUCUUGCAAGAGGUGCCGCACAGGGUAGGAAGAGUUGGGAGCGAACAGCCUGAGGAAGUGGACUGUGGAAGCUGAAGGUUGUCCAGCCAAAGCUGAGUGUGUGGCUCUGACACUGACCAAGGCUGGAAAGAGUUACUGUGUGGACAGAGAAUGUUAGAGCCAGGUGAGCUUUCACAGGAUGAAAGGAGCGAGGAGAGAAUCGAAUGGAAAGAAUUGCUGAGAUCAGGUUUGAGCCCUUUCUUUGGGUUUGGGAUUUGUUUUGGUUUUUUUGUUACCCAACACUGCUUAGCAUUACUACUGUGAGAUUUAAAGUUUUCUCCAAAAACUCAGAAUUAAUUUCCCCACUCUGCCCCACUGGUAGGCACCGCAUCUCUUAGAAAAGCUCCUACCCACCAUCUUCACUGCCCCAGUUUGAAGUAGUGCUCCAGUUUAGCCCGUAGUAAUGGGUCUUACAUCCCUUUCUGUUCAGGUAACUACACCAUUUUGUUAUUGACAUAUCUGCCAGAGGAGCCUACAUUACUCCAGUGUAAUUUGUGAGGCAGUUUCUGCUCUAACAAGUUUUUGAAUGCUGCUCAACUGCAAGAGAGCUCCUUCUGGAUGUUUGAAGGUGACAGAAGAGAUGGUCGCAUCCCAGGAGCUUGAUUUUGGAAUGUUUAAUGGAAUUGGCCCAGUAGCUUUUACUUGUGGGCUUUGCAAGUCUGCCCACAGCAGGUCCAGCCUGUGCUUCAACUUAGAGCCCUCAGUGGGCAGGGAAAUGGACCUUGGAGAGAUUGUUACAGCUCUACUUAACGCUUUCUGAAUUGGGAUGAUUUUCUGGAAGUAGGCUGUCCAUUCUGACCCAUUUUCUUCUCUCUCCUUGCAGACUGUAGCUGCUAAAAGGCUGAGGUGAGACCAGGAUCUGCAAAAUCUCUGACUCUCCAUGUCUUCCCAAGGCUGAAGCCGUGUUUGCUGUCAAUGACAACCCAGUGGAAGAUGCUAAAGACUGAAAACUUUGGGGUUUUUCCCCUGAAUCCCAUGACACUCUCUGCAGCUGUGCCCUGCAUAUCUCUUAAAAGAGUUUCCGGCUUUAGAAGGGUUUUACCCUGUGCAAUAUUGAUCUAUAAGUCAAUGAAAAAGAAUCUUACUGUAUCAAUGUGAUGUUACUUGGUUUGAGUUGUUUAAUUAAAGCAUAUCAUUGAUAAGGGGUUUGAGAAUCCCUUGGACGGCCCUUGGGGCUGGCAGCUCUGAUUUAUUUUCUCUUCA